GCACAGCCAACUGGGGCGGGGUCUGGGCCUAGAACUUUCUUAGAGCUUUGCGGGCCCUCAGAUCUCCACCAGAGCCCGCCCUGGGCCCCCGCCCUUCCUCCUCACUCCUCCACAGCCCUCAGAGCCCCCUCCCACCUGGAGACCCCACCUCUCCUCAGAACCUCCCCCAGCAGACCCUGUGCCCCAUCCCAAGGAUGCGGCCCUUAGACCCCUCCCUAGUCCCCUACCCCACCUGUAGACCCCGCCCCCGACAUACGCGCCCCUCCCGCACCUAAGUGCGCGCCCCCUCCAGCAGACCCUCCCCCAGCCGCAGGCUGUGCAGGCAGCCCUGGAUCCCAGAGCGCCCAGAGCGCCCGGCGAGCGGACCCUCCCGCCCCUCUGAUCCUACCCGGGCGCUCCUCUUCCCGCCGGGAACCCUCAGCGCCCCCUACCAAGCCCUCGGACCCUAAGAGGCUGCCUUCCCUGCGGGACUGCCCCCCGCCAUCCCCGGAACCCCGGCCUGCCCGCAUGAGGCCGCCGCGCUGCCCCGCGCCCCGGAGCUGAGCCGCCCGAGUCUGCAGCCGGCACAUGCCCUCCCCGCCCCAUCGCUUCCCGGUGGAGCUGGGCUCCGUGCGGGGCUCCGACGCCCUGGUGGGCCGCCUGCAUCGCCUGGCCAUGGCUGGAGGCCCAGGCUGGGGCCUGGCCAAGCUUCUGCGGAGAGUUGUGCAGGUGGACAGUGAGAACUCCGCUGGGCAAACGGGGCUCUUCCUCUCAGCGUUGCUGGGCCACAGCUCUGCCGUGCAGCUCCUGCUGGCCUUCGGUGCCAACCCCAACCACCGCUGCCUGGACGGCAGCACACCCGUGCACGCGGGUGCCUUCUCCGGCCACAGUCUGGUGGUGCUGCACCUGCUGCAGGCAGGGGGCGACCUGCGGCUGCGGGACCAGCGGGGCCGCACACCCCGAGACUGGGCUGAGUGGGGUGGUGCCAAGCAGUGCUGGGAGGUGCUGGAGCUGAUGCAGCUCUGCCGUGCCCACAUGUGGGCCCUGCUGAGCGGCAGUGAGGUGGCACCUGCGGCAUCCCUGGGCCUGUUGCAUGCCAGCCCUGGGCUCGGCCUGUGUGGCUCCCUGUCCUCACUGUGGCACACAGACAGGAUGCUGAGGCCAGAGCAGAUGAGGAGAGCCCCCCAAGCCCCAGCCUUGGGAUUCGGCCAGCUGAGCAACCUGCAGCCACCGGGGCUGGUAACAGGCGUGCCCCUCGUGGACCCCAAGGAGCUGCUGCCCGCCCAGGGCGAGCCUGACCGCACCUAUGAGGGCAGCUCCCACACCCUCAUGGCCAACCUCCUGUGGAGGGGCCAUCCAGUGACCGUGCGGCAGCUGAAGGGCCCUGGGACCCGGCCUGAUGUGCUGUUGGCUGACCUCCAGCACUGCAGCUCUCUGCACCACCCCAACCUGUUGCUGCUGAUGGCACUGAGCCCCUCGGCAGACCUGUCUGGGCUGUGCCUUCUCUUUGAGCCUGUGUGGCUGGGUUCCCUGCACGGGGUGCUGCACCCACAGGGACCGAACAAGGAGGGGCCACGAGCUGUGCCAGGCCUGCUGCCCGGACGCUUGCUGCUGCAGGUGCUGGAGGCCCUGCUGUUCCUGCAAGCCCGCUGGUGGGCGCACGGCGGCCUCAGCUCCCAUGCUGUGCAGCUGGUGCGGCCAGGCCUGGCGAAGGUGAGCAGCCUGGAGCACGGGCGCCCACUGCAGCGACGCUGGCUGCAGCCCAGGCUGCAGCAGGGCUCCCCUUUGGGAGGGCAAGGCCCAGGGCUGCCCCCACCCCCUGAGCUGUACCCAUGGCUGCCACUGGAGCUGAUCCGCGGGGACACGCCUGCCGCCACCUCGGACCUCUACAGCUUCUGCAUCCUGGCCCAGGAGGUCUUCACUGGAGAGCUGCCGUGGGCUGGGAGAGAGGGCCCUGAGGUGAAGGCUAAGUUGGAGGCAGGGGAGGGCCCGGCCCUGGACCCCCUGGUGCCAGUCCCCUACCAGGCUCUGAUUCAGGCUGGGCUGGGCCUAAGUCCUGCUGACCGCUGCGGUAGCCUGCAGAGCACUCGGUACCUGCUGCGGGAGGCCUUGGCCCAGGUCUCAGCUCCUGAGGUGACUUCCCCAAUGAAGGGGAGCACACUGUCACCUGCAGCCCAGGAUUUAUCACCAGAGAAACUGUACUAUGAAGUGGAUCUCAGAGCCCAGACCACAGUGAUGCCCCCAGACCCCAUCCUGACCCGGGCCGCGAAGACUCCCACAGUUGUGGGCCACAGCAGGGUCCAGAGGGGCGAAGCCUGGGGCUCAGGCAGUAGCUUGGCUCUGUGCAGCAGCCCCAGCCCCAGCCCCAGCCCCACAGCCAGGGCCAGCCUGCACUGCUGCCUGGAGCCCAGCUCAACAGGCCCUGCCCUGCACGCCAGCCUUCAGGAAGCAGCCUCCCCGCUGGGGAUCCAGAGCUCUGUGGAGCAGUUUGAGAGGAAGUUCUCAGCCAAGAUCCAAGCCCUGCAGGGGCUGCUGCCGCUCACACACAGGGCUGCCCCGCUGGACCCCCAGCCCUGCCCUGAGCACUGAGCUGACCGGAGAGAGUCUCUUCUCCAGCCUGCAGAACAUGGACCUGCUGGAGGAGAUCAUGGCGGAGCUGCACAGUGGGCACCACCUCGGGGACCAGCCCGCCUCGGCCUCGCUCCCGGAGCCCACGGCCCCCUCUGCGAAUGUCGCCCCUCGGAGCCUCCCAGGAGCGACUCCCCACCGCCUGC